CAAUCCUUUGCAUUGAAGAAAUGGAAGAGGUUGGAGAGAAGAAGAAGAAGAAGACUGGUAAUCACAACUCCAUCCUAUUUCAAGUAGCUAUGGGAACUGCUCAACUACAAAAUAAGAGAAUCAUAUCGGAACCUAGAAAAGGAACUCUCUUGUUGUGUUGGAUAAGUGAUGAGUUACAUUUACAGUGGAAGAACAGAGAAACUGGGGUUAUAGAGCAAGACUUGAAACUUUCUAGUGACGCUUUGUUUCAAAGAGUUGAAGGUGUUCAAGAUGGCAAUAUAUAUGUGUUAAAAGAUUGCAGUAAAACGAACAAAUAUUUCUAUUGGUUACAAGAACGUCCAACAAUAGAAAAAGACGGCGAUUAUUACGCUUUUCAAAUUCAACAACUGAUUGACGCCAAUACAAGUGAGAAAAGAGAUAGCAACAAAAGUGACUCUUCUUUAUCCAACGAAUAUUCCGCAGUUGCAGCCAAUUCAUUGGAAACAGUUUUACAAAGCUUGAGACAGUUUCGACCACCAGUCACUGACCUUAAUCAAGUAUUGUCUGCCGAACGUAUCGUUCCUAUUGUAUCGGAUCCCAACUUGGAACAAUCCAUUCAUAGUUUAUACGAAUAUCUUCCAAAGGAUGACCAAAAUAGAGAGGGUCUAAUCCAAGUCCUCUCAAGUCCUUCGUUUCGUGAACAAGUCCAUAUUUUAAAUGCUGGCUUGCGUUCUCCUUAUGCGCCACAACUUUUAUACUCUCUGGGAUUUCCUGACGCUGUGAAUAAUGGUCCAGACUAUGUAAAGGCAUUUAUUCGUGCUAUUAUUCAGGACAAGAAUCUUGACCAUGAGAAGAAGCAGAGAGGAAAUGGAUGAAAUGAGAAAGUUAGUAUAUUAUCCGUCAGCAUAAACACGCAAUUGCUUCCCAUAGCAUAGUUUAGAAAGCAAUGGGAACGAAUGUGUCACCGAUAAUAGGAAAACUAUAUCUUCGAUGUGGAGUUGGUUUGAUAUGGUUCUUUCGAAUUGCUCUCUUCCUCCUCCUUUUUGAUAUGGAUAUUCUCUUCAUGAGCCCUCCCGAGUUCCAUUCUUUUACGUUUUUACAUGCAAUCCCUGUGUUUUAUUUUUUCAAUAAAUUGAACGAUAAGAAAAGAGUCUGUUAUUAC